AACAAGCCCCUGAAGACUUCCUACAGAUACUGAGUGAUUGUGUGAUAAUACAUGCAUUUGAACCUCAUUUAAAUGAACACAAUGCACACUGUUGAAACAAAUAUUUUCUGAGUUGUAAAGUUCCUUUAUGCAUAAAUAAUAUUUGAGACUUUCCUCAAAAACAGUUCCUUUCUGCAUAAAUACUGGCCACACAAACAGAUGAGGAACACAACGCAGGAGAGUUGACAUCGUGACAACACCGAAACUCUCCAAAAGUGUAAAUGGAAAUAUAGAAAAACUUGGGAAAUAUACAGAGAAGAUGGGAAUAGCAACUGAAAACAUCUAUGAAAAUUAUGAUGUUACAAGCGGUAAAUUCGAAAAAGAGACCACGGAUUGUAACACAAUGAGAAUCCAGUCAUUUGAACUCACAGGAGCUGAAGGUGUGAAGAUCAGAAGCUCCAGAGCAGCUGCAGUGUGUUUGAUGCUCCUGUGUGUUCUUCUGCUGACCGCAGUCAUAGUGCUGUGUGUCAUGUUCACUGGAGAGAGACAGCGGCUCAUAUCCAAGAAUGACAACCUCACUGAUGAGAAAGACCAGCUCAUAUUCAUGUUCACUGGAGAGAGACAGCAGCUCAUAUCCAAGAAUGACAACCUCACUGAUGAGAAAGACCAGCUCAUAUUCAAAAAUGAGAAUCUGACUAGAGAGAGAGACCAGCUAAAACAGGAGAAAAGAGAUCUUCAGAGGAGUCUUGGUAAAAUGGAUGGAUGGACUUACUAUCAGUCCAGUCUUUACUUCAUUUCCUCUGAGUUGAAGAGCUGGAAUGAGAGCAGAAGAUACUGUAGAGACAGAGGAGCAGACCUGAUCAUCAUCAACAACACAACGCAACAAGAGUUUGUGAACAGGAUUUAUGGCAAUACUGUAAUCUGGAUUGGUCUGAGUAAAGUGGAUGGCAGAUGGAAAUGGGUUGAUGGCAGCGCACUGAACUCUGGGUUCUGGGCAUAUGCAGAGCCAAAUGGAUAUAUAGGACAGUACUGUGCUCUAAGUUAUUCCACACGGUGGUAUUAUGCUUUAUGUGAUAAUGCUUAUAGAUGCAUCUGUGAGAAGAGUAUUUUACCCAAUAUACUGCCCUAGAAACAUCACACACUUUGUUAUAUCCAAAUUUAACAUUGCAAUAAUUUCUUGAACUGCUGAUGAAAAUUAAAUAUAUUUCAAUAAAUACCUAAAUAGUACUUUACAAACACACAUGCAUAAUUAAUUGGCCUAUUAUUGGACAGCUGUUUGUUUUGUGUUUAUUAUGUAAUAAACCAUCUUUAAACUCUUUGUUUUGAAUACACAUAUAUUCUUUAUUAUUAAUUCUAAAAUAUUCCCUCUCUCUCUCUCUAUUAUAUAUAUAUGGAAAUCUGAAUAUAUGAAAGUCUGAAUAUAUGAAAUUAAAGUUAUAUUCAAUGAAAACUGACAUCAUCAAAGCACCAUCUUGUGUUUUUC